AUGGCCGACAACCAACCCGACGCCAAAACUCCUCCCACAAGCCUAGGAGGGCAAACGGGACGAAGCAACGAGGGCACAAACAACACCAACACCCUCAAUAAAAGCGACGCCAUCAUCAUCAUUGCCUGCAAGAGCCUCAUCCUCCUCAUCGGCACCAAUAAGGCAGAACACACCAACGCUCUCGCAAACGCCUUCACAAACACCAACACCAUCAGCUCCACCACCGCCGCCGCCUCCACCACCACCACCAUCAAGUUCCGCGCGCCCUCUCACAACCUUCAUCAUCUCAACCACCACAAACGCAACAUCAACACCCACACCAUCCCUCUCCGACCCGCCGCCACUCCCCUCACCAACAUCCAUCCCGGGCGUGAUACCCAUCUCAACACCAGGCGCCGCCUCAUUCCGACCCCGACGCCGACUCCCACUCCAAGCGGCAACGUCAACAGCGGCAGCGGCGGCAUCGCCUCGCCCAGCCAAGCCGAGACCUCGGGCGGCAGCAACGUGAAGCUGAUGCCGGCGCUGCCCAUCGCGCUAGGUUCCGUGGGCGGGGUCCUGAUUUUCGGGUUGGUGAUUGGGAUGCUGUACCGUAAAGGCCGGUGGCCGUUCCGGAGUAAGCGCAACUUUGCGCAGAUUGACGAGUUGGAGGUGGAGAGGCAGCAGGAGCUCGAGAGGCAGAAUAAGAUGAAGUGGGAUCCGAGAGUGACGAGGACGUAUCGGACGCAGGAUGCGGGUGUCAACUUUUGA